UUUACACCUCGUGUGACUACGGACGUUAUAACAAAAGGACUAAAUUUUUGGAAUAGUUAACCGCGACGAAGUUCAGCGAAGCGGAUCGUAAGAAGUCAAAAAACAAAUAAAUCCGAAAACACCUGAAGGGUGCGCAUCGACGAUGGGUUCUGGCACCAGCGGCUCUCGCAAGAAAGAUGUCAAAUUGGUUCGCCCGGUGUCGGUGGUGGUGUUCGGCGCGACUGGCAUGAUCGGAGGAUCGGUCGCGCGCACGCUCAGUAACAGUCAGAAGUUCAAGGUGACAGUAGUGACGCGAAACCCGAGCAACAGUCUGAUUCGCCGUCUGGAGAAAGAUGGGGCGGAGAUACGAACAGCCGACCUCAAUGACCCGAAGAGUCUGGUGCGCGUGGUGCAUGGAGCAGACGCCAUGUUCCUCGUCACACACUACUGGGAACACCUGAGCAAGCGCAGUGAGACGCAACAGGGUAUGAACGCGGUGUACGCGGCGAUAAAGUGCAACAUCAAACACUUGGUGUUCUAUGGUGCCGAGUCGUGUGUCUGCGCCACGGGCCAGAGGUGUGGAUACAUGGACGCCAAGGCCGCCAUUGAGGAGUACAUUAAAGGGACAGGUUUACCGUACACGAUCCUUAGAGCGUCAUUUUUCUAUGAAAAUUUUCUGAGCAUCUUCAAGCCUCACAAUAUUGGAGACAAUGUAUUUGUCAUAGGUUAGUAUACAGUGACGUAGUGGGAGAGUAUUCAAGGACGUC